AUGGCUGCAACUGUGCCAGCAAUGGAGGCUGCCUCCAGGAAGGCGUGUCCUGACAGCUGGAGCCUGGAGGAGGAUCUGUCAGGUGCGGGACCCUCACUCCAGUGCCGGGUGUGUGGAGACAGCAGCAGCGGGAAGCACUAUGGCAUCUACGCCUGCAAUGGCUGCAGUGGCUUCUUCAAGAGGAGUGUGAGGAGGAGGCUCGUCUACAGGUGCCAGGUUGGGGCAGGGAUGUGCCCAGUGGACAAGGCCCACCGCAACCAGUGCCAGGCCUGCCGGCUCAAGAAGUGCUUACAAGCAGGCAUGAACCAGGACGCUGUGCAGAAUGAGCGCCAGCCAAGAAGCACAGCCCAGGUGCACCUGGACAACAUGGAGCCAGACAUGGAGCCCCGGUUGGAGUCCUUGGUGGCUCCUCUGGCCCCCACAGGGCCCAGCCCACGAGGUCCCAUGUCUGUCUGUGCAACCAGAGCCCUGGGACCAGGGGCCCUCCUGCCUGCAGGCCACCACCACUUCAUGGCCAGCCUUAUAACAGCAGAAACCUGUGCUAAGCUGGAACCAGAGGAUGCUGAUGAGAAUAUCGAUGUCACCAGCAAUGACCCAGAGUUCCCCUCAUCUCCCUACCCCUUACCCUUCUCGUCCCCCUUCAGCCCAGACAGCACCCAUGAGACUUCAGCUCGCCUGCUCUUCAUGGCUGUCAAGUGGGCCAAGAACCUGCCUGUGUUCUCCAACCUGCCCUUCCGGGAUCAGGUGAUCCUUCUGGAAGAGGCAUGGAGUGAACUCUUCCUUCUCGGAGCCAUACAGUGGUCUCUGCCUCUGGACAGCUGUCCCCUGCUGGCCCCCGCCGAGGCCUCUGCCGCCAGUGGCUCCCAGGGUCGGCUAGUGCUGGCCAGCAUGGAGACGCGCAUCCUGCAGGAAACCAUCUCACGGUUCCGGGUGUUGGCAGUCGACCCUACAGAGUUUGCCUGCAUGAAGGCCCUUGUCCUUUUCAAGCCAGAAACACGGGGCCUGAAGGAUCCUGAACAAGUGGAGGCCUUACAGGACCAGUCCCAAGUGAUGCUGAGCCAGCACAGCAAGGCCCACCACCCAAGCCAGCCUGUGAGGUUUGGGAAACUGCUCCUGCUCCUCCCGUCUUUGAGGUUCAUCACUUCUGAGCGUAUUGAGCACCUCUUUUUUCGAAAGACCAUAGGGAAUACGCCAAUGGAGAAGCUUCUUUGUGAUAUGUUCAAAAACUAA